UCGCGCAGGACGGUCACGCACGCAGCAGCUCGAGCUCUUAAACGCUUUGACCUCGCUCUGCGCUUAACCCUGCUUUUGUUCACAGCUCUUACACCCAAACUAAAAGAGUUAGAUCCGAUUUUCUUAUAUAUAUAUAUUUUAGUGCAGGUUCGGGUUUUCUGGAGUGUUUGAGCAUCGAGACGAAGAAGAAAAGAAAAGAGAGAAAAGAGGAAAAGUUCUCUCUCUCUCUCUCUCUCUCUCUCUCUCUCUCUCUCUCUCUCUCUCUCUCUCUGCUUUAGCCGGCUAACGGAGGAGGAAGGAUGGAGAGUGUGCAGAGUGUGCGCGUGCUUCUGGGCGCCGUGCUGUGCGUGCUACUGAGCCGCUCGCGCCUACCGUCGGCGGAGGCCUCGCGCAUGAAGUCCGGGGCCGCGCUGCCCAUCCAGCCCGAGAGAGAACCGGUUCCGUCCAAAGGAGUGUCCGGAUGCUCAUUCGGAGGGAGGUUUUAUUCUCUGGAGGACACGUGGCAUCCAGACCUGGGGGAUCCUUUUGGAGUUAUGCACUGUGUCAUGUGUCACUGUGAGCCACAGAGGAGUCGACGCGGGAAAGUGUUCGGAAAGGUGAGCUGUAAGAACAUAAAGCAGGACUGUCCCGAACCCAGCUGUGAUGAACCGGUCCUGCUGCCAGGACACUGCUGUAAAACAUGCCCUAAAGGUGAAUCAGACAGGAAGUCCACAGAGAUACUUUUCGAUGGUUUUGAGUUUUUGCAGGACAAAGACGACGACCUUCACAAGUCCUACAACGACAGAUCAUAUCUCAGCUCAGAGCACAUGAACGGAGACAGCAAGACAGAUUUCGUGGCGUUGUUGACCGGCGUGACGGAUUCGUGGUUGCCAAGUUCCAGUGGAGUCGCGCGAGCUCGCUUCACAUUGACCAAGACCACCCUCGCUUUCUCCAUCACAUACCAGAGGAUCAACCGACCAAGUGUUAUCAUGUUUCUUGACUCGGAGGGAAACACAGCCUUCCAGUUCACAGUUCCACGAGGCGACUCAGACAUGAUCUGUGGCAUCUGGAGGAGCCUACCCAGAUCUCACAUGCGUCAGCUUCAGGACGAGCAGCUUCGCGUGUCCAUGAUGGUGACGGACGGCAGGCGAGAGGAGAUUCAGGGCAAAAUCAUCAAACACAGAGCCCUGUUCGCAGAGACGUUCAGCGCCACACUGACAUCGGAGGAGGAGAAUUCCGAGAUGGGAGGAAUCGCCAUGGUGACGCUGAGCGACACCGAGAACAACCUGCACUUCGUCCUGCUCAUGAGGGGCAUCGUCCAGGCUCCAGACAGUGCAUCGCCGCUCGUGCCCAUCCGAGUCAGACUGCAGUAUCGGCAACACACACUGCGGGAGAUCCACGCUAACGUUACUGCUCACGAUGCUGACUUUGCCGAGGUUCUGUCAGACCUGAACAGUCGCGAGCUCUUCUGGCUCUCACGUGGGCAGCUGCAGAUUGUCGUGGAAACGCAAGGCCACGACCCCAGGCACAUCUCAGGCUACAUCACUGGCAAGAGAUCAUGUGACACACUACAGAGCGUGAUGUCCAGCGGCGAUGCUUUGACCCCUGGGAAAACAGGUGGAGUCGGGUCAGCCAUCUUUAAUCUCCAUGACAAUGGCACCCUUGACUACCAGGUCCAGGUGGAGGGCGUGUCCAGCACGGUGGUGGGCGUGACCAUCGAGAUGAAGCCACGGAGACGGAGCAAGCGCAGCGUGCUGUACGACGUGACGGGCGAGUUUGUGGUGAGCGGGAGUGGCGGGCGGGCCGUCGGCUCGUACGGACGCAUGGAGGCGCGGCACGUUCACAUGCUGCUGCAGAACGAGCUGUUUAUCAACAUCGGCACGACGGAGAACCCCGAGGGGGAACUGCGGGGACAGAUCCGCACGCUGCUGUACAACGGCCUGGAGUCCCACCGACAUGAGCUGCCGUUCGCUCUGGCCGGUCAGUUCGUGUCUCCGCCCGUGAGGACAGGAGCAGCUGGACAUGCGUGGGUGACGGUGGACAAGCACUGCCACCUGCACUAUGAGAUCGUAGUGAACGGGUUGGGGAAAGGAGACGAGGCCACGGUGAACGCUCACCUGCACGGCCUGGCUGAGAUCGGAGAGAUGGACGAGUCGGCUCACGCCGGUCCCAAACGCCUACUCACCGGCUUCUACGGAGAACAGGCUCAGGGGGUUUUGAAGGAUCUGAGCAUUGAGCUGUUACAGCAUUUGGACAAAGGCACGGCAUUCAUCCAAGUCAGCACCAAGAUGAAUCCUCAGGGAGAAAUACGGGGGCGAAUCCAUGUCCCGAACAGCUGUGAGCACGGCUCCCGGGCCGAGGCCGUGGUCGACGAGGCCGAGUUUGACGACGUGGUGUUCGUGCGUGAUCCCGAAGCCUUCAAGAAAGAUCCACUGGCGUGUUUCUUCGAAGGCGAACGUCACGCUCACGGCUCACGCUGGACGCCGCACUACAACUCCUGCUUCACCUGCACGUGCCAGAAAAAGACGGUUAUCUGUGACCCGGUCAUGUGUCCUGCGCUGACGUGUCCUCACACCUACCAGCCUGAGGACAAGUGCUGCCCCGAGUGCGACGAGAGGAAAGUGCCAAGGGAGCUCACAUCUGCAGAGAAAGUUGAGGAGCAUCCAGAAGGGUGUUAUUUUGAAGGCGAUCAGAAGAUGCACGCGCCUGGAACUGUGUGGCACCCGUUCGUGCCGCCUUUCGGCUACAUCAAGUGCGCUGUGUGCACCUGCAAGGGCUCGACUGGAGAAGUGCACUGCGAGAAAGUCACCUGUCCGCCGCUCACCUGCAGCCGACCAAUCAGACGCAACCCCUCGGACUGCUGUAAGGAGUGCCCGGCUGAGGACACACCCCUCCUGGAGGAAGGUGAGAUGAUGCAGGGGGACGGGCCACGACACUGCAAGUUCGGCAAAAACUACUAUCAGAACAGCGAGAACUGGCAUCCUCGCGUGCCACUGGUUGGGGAGAUGAAGUGCAUCACAUGCUGGUGUGACCACGGCAUCACAAAGUGUCAGAGGAAACAGUGCCCACUAUUGAGCUGCAGCAAUAUUACACGAAGAGAGGGCAAGUGCUGCCCUGAGUGUGCAGAUGAUUUCACCAAAGAAGAAGAAAUGAAGAUGGAGGAGAAAAAGAAGAGCUGGAGGCACUGAUCUGCAUGUCCGGUCCCAUUUAUUUUUUCGUCCUCAGCCCCGUCUAUCCAUCCUCCCGUCCGUCAGUCUGUCUCCCUCUCUCGAGUGGGCCGCUGGCGAACUGUUCGAGAAGUGACAGAAACACGAGCGGAGAAAGAGAGAAAGGGAAAACAUGCGAAUAAACAAGCAAGUGAGGCAGAACAAGAGCCUCUGAGGGAAAAAUGUUGAAGGAGAAGGAACAAAAGGAACGAAGGGAAAAGGACCGGGCUGCUGUGCUGGAUAAAAUUCCUUCGUGACUGACUUUUAAAAAAAAUUUUAUGCUUUUUUUUUUUUUUUUUUUUUUUUGCUUUACUUUUGGAAUUUUUUUCUUUUUUGGACUUGGAGCAAACUUCAAACAGAGACACACAUGCUAUACAUUUUCUUGACGAUGGGUGGUAUGAUGUGUGUGUGUGUGUGUGUGUGUGUGUGUGUGUGUGUGUGUGUGUGUGCAUGAGAGAGAGAGAGAGAGUGCGCAAGAGCGCUUGUGUGUUAAAUUGGCGAGGUGCAGACAGCCAUAAACUCAUUGGGUGGCAAUGAGUGAAUGUAAAACACACACAUGUGCCCACACACACACACACACACACACACAUUCCAAUAUGCGUCCACAAAUUCAACAUCAUGUUGUAUUUCUACCGUGUUCAUCAUCUUUAUACUAUCUGAAUAUGCAAAUUCCAGUAUCAUCUCAGCCAAUCUCAGCUGUCUCAUAUUAUUCUAUUACAAAGUGCCUGAUUGGAGAUUUUGCUCCUCGAUUGGAAAGAAUUGACUGAUUAAAGGGCUGAGCUCCGAGUUUGUUCAUAUUGGCUUCGCCCAUUUGUGUUGCACCCGAUGUUGUUGCCUGUCUGUUUUGUUUUUCAACUCUUUUGUGUAAUAUUUUAUGAUUAAUUGCUGUCUGAUUAUUAUGAUGAAUAUUGUAUUUCAUAUUUAUUGAGUGCGCUGGGAAAAAAAAAAUUCAAUAAAAGUGUUCUUUAUAAGAA